GGGCGUGUCAUUGGCGAAAUCAGCUGUAGAAACAAUAACACGCCAACGAACGCCCCAAAAUGAGAGCUUACCUAUAAAUGUCAGUAAUUUCAGGAGAAAGAGGUAUCGUUGAGAGAGCGAGGGAUAGAUGUAGCACACUUCAUGGUUGAGGUUCUUCACUGCAUUCUGCAAACUUGUUUCAGGGGAUCUCUUUCAGCUCAGCAGGGAAGGCGAGCGUGAAGAUGCUGCCUUUGUGUCAGCCGUGACACGCCAGCGAGUUGAACACAAAACAGUCGGGAGUUUUCCAGAGACGUCUAAGUCAUUUAAAGGUUUUUAUUUGAUCUCCUGCACCCGGUUUAACGGGAGCCAGGAGGGAACCACGCGCGGACUGGCAUGUGGGUCAAUUCUGGAAGCGUCGGAAGGGCCCUCUCCAUGGAUAUAGACACAGAUUAUGAGCGACCUAAUGUGGAGACCAUAAAGUGUGUGGUGGUGGGUGAUAACGCAGUGGGCAAGACCCGACUGAUCUGUGCCCGUGCCUGCAAUGCCACCCUUACUCAGUACCAGCUGCUUGCCACCCACGUGCCAACUGUUUGGGCCAUCGACCAAUACCGUGUGUGCCAGGAGGUGCUGGAGAGGUCACGAGAUGUGGUGGACGAGGUCAGUGUCUCCCUCAGGCUGUGGGACACAUUUGGAGAUCAUCACAAAGACAGACGCUUUGCUUAUGGCAGAUCAGAUGUAGUAGUGCUGUGCUUCUCUUUGGCCAAUCCGAACUCCCUGCGCCAUGUCCGCACCAUGUGGUUCCCUGAGAUUAAGCACUUCUGCCCCCGCACCCCGAUCAUCCUGGUGGGCUGCCAGCUGGACCUUCGCUAUGCUGAUCUGGACGCUGUUAACCGGGCUCGCCGGCCUCUGGCCAAACCCAUCAAACCAACAGACAUCCUUCCCCCAGAACGAGGCCACGAGGUCGCUAAGGAACUUGGCAUUCCAUACUAUGAAACAAGCAUUGUCGCUCAGUUUGGUGUAAAGGAUGUGUUUGACAAUGCUAUCCGUGCUGCGCUCAUCUCUCGACGCCACCUUCAGUUCUGGAAGUCCCAUUUAAAGAAGGUUCAACGUCCCCUCCUCCAGGCUCCGUUCCUCCCCCCCAGACCGCCACGGCCUGUGGUGGGCAUCCCCGAUCCUCCUCCCAUGGAUGGAGAAGGUCCAGACUCUCUUUUCUGUCAGCCGUUGUGUGCAGAUGUCCUGUUUCUCCUCCAGGCCGGGGCCACUCGUGUUUUUGCCCAUAAGGUGUACCUGGCCACUUCAUGCUCAAAGUUCUAUGACCUUUUCACUAUGGAUCUUGGAGCGGCAGGGAUGGAGAAGGAGGGUGAGGAGAGCUCAGAGGGGAGCGAGGAAGAGGAGCAGAGUCGAAGAGGAGCCAAAGAACAGGCUGGGCGUACCAAGAGCCUGGACAUUGAUAAGGAGGGCGAAGGAGGCACCAGAGGUUCAAACAGGCUGCUUAUGUUGCAGCAGGGCUCACUGAGGACUUCACAGAGCGAUAACGCUCUGCCUGCCAGGGGCCAGUACUCUAUGGGAUCGUUGGGAGCAGGCCGUGCUCUUUUGGGAUGGGGGCGUGGGUUCUUGGGGGUGUACCUGGAGAUGGUGGAUGACCCUGUGACAGGUCGGCCAAGACUUAUGACAGUAGUGUCAAUGGAUGAUCUCAUUCAGAAAGGGCCUUUCCAGGCAGUGCUGCAGUACCUUUAUACGGGUCACCUGGAUGAGACACGUGGGGACCUGAUGCAGGUAGCCACCAUCGCUGAGCUCCUGGAGGUCUUCGACCUGCGUAUGAUGGUGGCCAAUGUGCUGAACCGUGAGAGCUUCAUGAACCAGGAGAUCACCAAAGCCUUCCAUGUGCGUCGUGCCAACCGCAUCAAAGAGUGCCUGAGCAAGGGCACCUUUGCUGAUGUGGUGUUUCGAUUGGACGACGGAUAUCUGCCAGCCCACAAGCCACUGCUCAUCUCAAGCUGUGAUUGGAUGGCAGCCAUGUUUCGUGGAUCCUUCAUGGAGAGCUACAUUGAGGAGGUCUCUAUCCCCAACACCAGUUGUGCCUGCAUGAGAGCCGUUCUGGAGUUUCUCUACUGUGGUGUGUUAACACCAUGUCCUGAACUGGAGCCAGUGGACCUUAUAAUACUAGCCAACCGCCUCUGUCUUCCCCGCCUUGUAGCUCUAACAGAGCAACAUGCCGUUGAGGAGCUAUUGCAGUUGUCCGUUAAAGGGGUGGACAUUGAUGGACAUGUGCUGGCCUAUCUGGAGAUGGCUCAGUUCCACAAUGCCAAACAGCUCUCUGCCUGGUGUCUGCAUCACAUCUGCACCAACUACAAUAGUGUUUGUCGAAAAUUCCCUAAAGACAUGAAGACUAUGUCUCCUGAAAACCAGAAACACUUUGAGAAGUAUCGCUGGCCUCCUGUCUGGUUCCUGAAGGAGGAAGACCGCUACCUCCGUUCUCAAAAAGAGCGAGAGCGUGAGGAGGAGAUCUUGCGCAAGCAGCACACUAAACGGGGCUGGUGCUUCUGGAGACAUCCAUCCUCCUCAGCACCCCACAUUUCUUGAGGGUCUGCGUCCAUUCAACCUUUUAAACCCCCCAUACCCCUCUCCCUCAUCUCAAUCCAGAGGCAUGUAGCCAAGCCUGGGGAGCCCUGUUUCUGUGCAUCCAUCCCGACUGCUGGAAGCGAGUCCGGGUCUUCUUUGCCUCUGAGCUUUAGCCGUCCCUCCCCGCGCUGGGCCUUAGCGGGCUGCCUGCCCACCACGAGAGCUCAUAGCGUAUGUGUCAUUAAACGGGAGAAGGCUCGGAGAAAGUCUCAACUCUUUCUCACUCUCAAUGUUACAUGUUCUACUGUGCGAAUGCAACAGGUCUCGCCGUCGCCGCAGCAUCACAUAGAGAAUGCCAUCAUUGCAGUGACCUGCUUUCGCCUCUUAAGACUGUUAUUAUUAUACAAGACCACACACACACACACUCACACCAGCACCUCGUCUGAGCGCUGGCGCCCGGGCACACGGAUGCUGCACGGUGCUGCUGUGUUGAGCUUUUCUCUGUGAGACCUAUUUCUGGGAAAACCGUCAUGUUCAAUGCCUACAAGCUGAAGCACAGCUUAGCUUUGAAUACAACUAGCAACUAAAAUGGCGGCAGGGAUAUAUAUAUAUAUAUAAAAAAUGUAAAAUAAAGGGGGUUAUUACCCCCACCUACAUUCUCACUAAAAACAAUUCUCCAUUUUGGAUCUUCCAUUGCCCCAUAUUGGCUCUGAACACCAAUUGUGUUGCCUACUGAAGAACUGAUUUUCAGACUGCUUUUCCUGUUACUAAAUUUCAUUCAUGUGGUAGAACAGAAGGGGUGUGUAGUUCAGGUCUGUCACUCACUAAAACAAACUCUAGGACAGCACCAAAGACAUACACACAGACAACUCAUUCAAACACAAACGCCUUACCAAAAUCUGCUGAAACAAAAACUUGACAGCAAGUAAACUAUGAAAUUAGGGCUAUUUUUACCACUGCCAGGAGAGUAUUAACAGUCACAGCUGUUAAAUGACAUUCUGUCGAAUGAGUUUUGUGAUAUGACCACUAGCAAGCUCCUCGACUUGCUUGCCUUUCACCUCCACCACUGGGGGGCGCUCAUGCCUUCUGAGUUUACCCUGCUUUAGAAAGUAUUAGCUCCUCAUUUGUUUGUCAAUCCUGUUUCAGAUCUUCACAUCCUCGUGAAAUGCACUCGUUUUUGUAGCACUACUUCAGUCUUAGCUGUUGGCGAACCAAAAAGUAGGUUGCGAUGUUUCUUAUUCCUUCGCCGCUCUCCCCUCUGUUAUUCCUCUGCUCCUCUACCUCUGCAGUUAGCCAAACCGAGGGAGAAACUAUCGAUCCACUUCCUGUUGUGUUUGAUACGUUGCAAUGUGACGCUUCACUUUGCACUUUACACACGCAGAUAAAAUCGGUGCUAAAUGUCACUGCGUUCAACCACUCACCCAUUAUCUCUUUAAGGGGCGGUUACACUAGACUUAGAGCACUGCAACAGUACAAAAUGUAAAAAUAUAGAAUCUACUCUGCUUUCCCAAAAUUCUGUGAUUAGGGGUGGGCGAUAUGACCAAAAAAAGAGUCCUUUUAUUUCACAGUAACAAUAUCACGAUAUAGUUAUUUCUCCUUUAAAUAAGGUCUUUAUGAUAUGUGACCCUGGACCACAAAACCAGUCAUAAAGAUCAGUUUUUUUAAAUUAAGAUUUAUACAUUAUUUGAAAGCUGAAUAAAUAAGCUUUUCAUUGAUGGUUUGUUAGGAUAGAAUAGUAUUUGUGUUACAACUAUUUGAAAAUCUGAAAUCUGAGGGUGCAAAAAAAAAAAAUAAAUAUUGAGAAAAGUACCUUUAAAGUUGUCCAAAUUAACUUCUUAGCGAUGCAUUAAACUAAUCAAAAAUUAAGUUUUGAUAUAUUUACAGUAGAAAAUUUACAAAAUAUUUUAAUGUAACAUGAUCUUUGCAUAAUUAAAUCGAUAAUUUUGACACAUAUAAUGUUUCUCGGCUAUUGCUUCAAAUAUACCCGUGCUACGGUUUUGUGGUCCAGGGUCACAUAUAAAAUUUUUUGAUACCAUAGAAAUUUUAUAAUUCUUGUCACCAGUGUCGAUAUCACAAUCUCUCAUUGCUUUUAGUAUUAGGUUUUUUUCUCUCUUUUGUUGUUUAACAUGAAUGACUGCUAUCACUUUAAGAGCUGCCUGCAUCUAAUAUACUGUUACACGUGUUUUCCUUCUCAGAUGUUUGGUUUCAUUUAAGACCUAAAUUACUCGCAAAGGAUACUUGCAAAGACAGACAUUUUUAGACACACAAGUGUGUGUAUUUAACCAUUCAAGGCCUAUAAAGCGGCAAAAAUAAAGGCCCAUUCACACCAAAAACGAUAAGUAUAACUAUAAAGUUCUAAAAAAUCAUUUCAAAUUUAGGAAAUGGCAGCGUUCACACCGCGACUAUAACGAUAACGAUACAGGGUAACAAUAUCGUUCACUUUCAGAACGAUUUUUUACAGCUGAUGAACGACAAAACACUGACAGCUAAUCAGACUUUAUUCAAAUGUAAUGGACUUGCACAUUUGAAAUAGCAGGCGACAUUGUGGAAGAAAACAGACACUGAACAGCAAACAGAGUGACAUAAGACAUAAAAUUAUCUCAGGAAUUCAGCGCUAGUUUGGACAACAUUGUCUUGCCUCCUUUGAAGUUGCAGUAGAAAAGAGUACGUAUCAUUUUUAUUGGACUACAUUGAAUAAGUUAGAGAUCAGACAGUUUACGCUAGAUUCACUGUUUAGAUGCGCCCGAAACGUGCACGCUGAAAACAUCUACUUAUUGAAGUCGUGUAAAUGUAACAAAGACGCAAAUAUAGUUCUUUUUAUAGUUGUAGUUAAAGUGCACCUCUCAGACAGUGCACCAGUGUUGCCAAGUCUGCGGUUUUCCUGUGGAAUUGGGCAACUUUAACAUUGUUGCCGCAGAUUGGUUUUCAUGUCCACGGGUUGAAGCGACCCCAAAAACGUGAUAUUUAUCUCCUGGAAUGUGAAUUUUACCAGGGGAUCACCACCAAAAAGCAUGUAUUUUACCCCAGCAAAUGUGAUUUUUAACAGGGUCUUAAUUUUUGAUGAUUUUUAACAGGGUUUUUGGAGGGGUUUUGUUGUGAGAACCUGACAACCCUGCAGCGCACUUAUAUAGCGAAAUGAGUUCUCUUUCACUGCUGAUUGCAUUUCAGAAGUUUAAAACCAAUUGUUUUUAAACAGCAAUGCUUAAAGCAUACAAACGAUACAUUUUGGUGACCACGUAGCACAGCAACGUCAUGUGACCACGUAACCAUGAUAGAGACGAUAGUCCAAAAUCAAUACUAGCUGACAAAUUUCUACCGGUUAAUCAUGUCUACUGGUAUAUUGCCCAUCCCUAGCUAUGAACCUGCAAAUGUAACGUUUGUGUUGAAUUCUGCUAAGAUGUCAAGCCAUGGCAUAAUGAUGGCGUAACCUCUUCGCAUGAGCUCAGCAUUUGCAUGCAUAUGAAUGAAAGUACAAUUGGUAGGAAAAGUGUAGUGUGACCGCCUCUUUACACAAGUUUACCUGUUUUGACAAUCCUAAUAACAAGGUAUCCCAACAUAAGCUGUAAAUUUAAAAGUGUGUCCUUUUCUUUUUUUGAUUGAAAGGCUUUCGAUUUCAAGCUUUGUAUUUUGAAACAGGUUUUGUGGUUAAACUGACAGUUAUAAGCUACCAUACCCACUCUUGGUUCCUUCUUUCAGACGUGCAUGCGCUGUGAAGUGUCAUUAGCUUCCGUUUGCUAGAAUCUGUCUCGACUGCCUUCCAUCUGAAAACAUGAGUGCCUACGACCAUUGUUACACUUUCCCUUCAACAUUCAAGUAUUUCUCGGUAAAGCAUGUUUGUUUUGCCUGUUUCGUGCCUUUUAACAAAAGUGUUUUUAAUAGCUACUUUGGAGGUGAAUGAGAAAUCAGAGACAUUUUAAGUUUUCCAUGCCACCCUUUUUCUAUUUCUGGCUUUCUGAUUUCGCUUCCUCAAGGCUGCACCCUGCUUUUCGCACCAGACGAGCUGAAAUCAUCAACAGCUACAAAAAUAGACACGCAGAGCCCAUGUGCUCAGACAGGCCGAUCUGCACACAAAUAAUAAAUAAAUUACAAAAAAAAGAAAGAGGAAAGCGGAUAGCAGACGCUUGUCUGUGUGCCACCAUCACCUGUAGGGCCGCUUUUAUAGCUUCAUCCCAUUAAGAUGCUUUAUUUAUAGGGGCAGACAAAUAAAUGAAUGUUUAUAAAUGCCACAUUAGGCUUAAUAAUUAGUAAAAUAACGAAUGUAUGACCUUACUGUGUAUUUGCAGACUGGCUCUGCAAAUGAAUUAUGUACUUAAUCACAGCUCUGCCCCUUAACAAACAUCCCCCCCAAAUGAGCGAUUCGAGAACACUACAAACAUCAGCAUGCUUGUUGGGAUGGAAAGCAUUGUUGCCGUGGUGAUUUUGGGCUUGUUAGCACUUCUUGUUCUUUUGCACUUUUGUUUUAGAUUUGGUCUGCCUUUGAUGUGCAUGGCAUUGACUGUUUCUAAACUAUGGCUUUUUUAAACAUUUUGUAGCAUGGAAUAGUUUCUUCCAUUAAAACGGUGCUCCUUACGGCCCUACGUAUUUUGCGCUUAAGUUAAAAAAAAAAAUCCCUCAUAUGUACUAUAAGACUUUUUUUGUCAGUUGCUCAAAGUCUUUUACCUUGUGCUUUAAUCGAACAUGCCUUCAUUAACAUCAAGAACAAGUGAUGUAUGUUUUUCUGUAGAAAUUAGGUUUAGUAGAUUUAAAAUAAACAGUAUUAGAAAGGUCCAUUAGCCCUUAAAAGGAUCGUUCACCCCAAAUGCAAAUUCUGUUUCAAAUGUGUAUGAAUUUAUUUUCUUCUGUAGAACGCAAAAGAAGUUCUUUCGAAGAAUGGUUCAGCUGUUUAUUUCAUAUAAUUGAAGUCAAUGGCAUCCAACUCAAUUUUAUUGAAUGUUCCACAGAAGAAAAAAAAAGGUCAUACAAGUUUGAAAUGACCCUGCUGAAAAAAACAAUAGAACCAUCACAGAAAAUUCUAAUGGUUUCCACUACAAAUACCAUUACAAACCAUCAACUUUCAAUCAUUAAAAUGAUUAAAAAAUGGUUUUCUGUAGUGUGUUUUGAGACAUAUUCCAUUAGGAUUUAUUGGUUUUAACAAGCCACCAAUAGAAGGUGACCAAUUACAAGUAGAGACCAACAGGGUCCAUUACAGUUUCCAUUAAAACCAAAAAAAUCAUCAUUAACGAUGACAUGACGUUCAUAUUUGGGUGAACGAUCCCUUUAAAGUGAGAAAUUGGUUCAGGCGGUGACUAACAACACGAAAGAUCCCUGUUAACAGUAUAACUGCUUGCUAAAUAUGCACUUUAGCUUAAAAAUUGAAUACAAAUGAUAUUCUUUGUGGAUUUUCUUUCAAUUUAACAAUAGUUUUGAGCGACAAAUUGUAAAGUAUUUAUCGGUGCACGUUUACAGGUAAGAUGUGCAUGGGCGCUAACUUGUAUGUAAUUAUGAACUAUGAACAGUAGCUUUCAUUACUGAGGAAUUAUCAUGCACUUUCGUCAUGUUAUUGAUAAAAAAAAAUAAAAAAAAAAUCAGAGCCCUCAUUACAAAGUUCAAAAUCCAUCCAAAACCCUUACAGAUACUUACGCUGUUUUACGAAAUGUUUCAUUAUUAAUGACACAUUGUGGUUGUAGUUCUGUUUAUUUAAUAACAGCUAGUGCCGCAUUAGAAACCCACUAACGUGAGAGCAUUUGAGAAUUGUGGUCAGUUGUUGUGUUACCGUGCCUUUAAUUGAAAAAAAAAAUUGGAGAGGUCACUGCCUUUGGUUUUGAUCAAGGUAAUUGUAGUGCACUAACACACACAUGCACACACAUUUUAACACACACUUUAGCUGACAGCCAGCAGACCACUGUAUUGCUCCUUUUGCAUGCCUGUGGCCAGCAUGUAGCAAUACUCUCUGUUCCUUAAGUGAUGUAAAAUAUUUUUAUGCUUUCCCCUCAACAUCCCCUCUUUGAUUGUCCUGAGUGGAAACCUGUGCUUGUUGUGAACAGUGAUUAUACUAGGUUGGAUGAGAGUGAAUGUAAUCACAUGCACAUUAACAGAGAAUGCGAGGCACACUUGCGCCCUCUACAGUCAACUGAAGGUCAGGGUUAUUUUGUUUUAUUAUUAUUUUGGUGUAGGACAGGGGAGAUAUGUUACAUAACAUUCUUUUUGGAAAUGACUUUGGUUUAGGUUUAUUUUUGUAAAAAAAAAAACAAAACAAAAAACUAAUACCAGAGAGCAGUUAUUGCUGUAAUUUGUUUUUUUUUUUUUUUUUUUUUUUUAAUAGAAUCUCUCAACAUUUGUAUUAAACUGGAAAGGAUAACCACAUCUUACUGCUUGUAAAAUUAACAGUCUGACCUCAGGUCAUAGGCAGAGACCACUUCAAGCCCUUGUUAGUUUCUGUGUUUCAGCAGAGGGGCUCGGCUCUCCAACUAACUUCCUUUCUGUGAUAUGAAAUCCAUCUUCAUCUCCAUGAAAGAAAAGGGCCGUAUUACGUUUCUGAACAACAUCUGCCAAUUCUAGUGGAGCACUUGUAUUCCCUUUGGCAGAUGCUGUUUCUCUUUCCACUUGUGGUGAGGUGAUCUAAGUAGUCCUUGCCAUUUUUAUUUUUAUUUUUUUGUCUUCUGGAGGUUAGGUAGGUGUCACUGACUGCCGACCUCUCUUCCUCUUUCGAAUCUGUGACUAUUUAAAGCCGUUUUGCACUUUGUGGUUUUCUUUUUAACUUCUUAGUUUGAUAAUUGUUUCUGAUACUUGUUCUGUAAUUGUUGUUCUCGUUCUCGUUCGACCAGAAAAAGCACACACACACACACACACACACCAUACACACUACUAAGGGCUUUUAAAAUACAAAAUCAGAAUGUUUUGCUGCUGUUGCAAAAAAAUAAAAAAGAAAGAAAUACUAAAAAAAAAAGUUUUAUUGAAUCGUUUGUAAUAUUUUUUGAACAACUGUGAUUUGUACAAAAUGGAGCAAAAAGGGGGUUGGAAAAGGUUAUCUGUUUCAGUAUUUUAAUGUUUGCUUGGCUUUUAAUAAAACUUAACUAAACUCUUUGA